AUGACUUCUUCUUUAACUAAUAUUCCAAUUUGUUUAUUUUGUAAUUGUCCAUCAUCCUGUAGUCUUGGUCAAGGUGAUUUAAUUUUAAUUCAUUCUCCGUCGCAUCAAUCCCAAUCAAUAAUUAAUUCUCGACCUCGAACUCUUGAAAAUAUUCCAAAUGAAAAAAGAAAUAAUUUUAUAUUAGAAACAGGAAAAAUUAUAGUUCCUGUUGAUUCAGAAUUAUUUAAUAUUGGUUUUCAAUCCUCAUCAGAUGUUAUAUUAAAUGGAAAUUUUUGGGUACAUGAGAGAUGUGCCAAAUGGUCAUUAGGCAGUGCAGAAAAAAUAAAUGAUUAUGAUCUUAUUCGAACAACAAUUAUUGAUGCAAUUAAACAGGUGAAUAAAAAUAAAUGA